GCCAACUGCCAUCUCAUUCCACUCAUCUCCCUCUCCACUUCUCAGCAAUGUACCCGAUUCCUUCCCCUCCGGCCACCGUCGCCGUCAUCUUCUUCGUUGCCGUUUUCUUCUCCGUCCAUGUUACGACGCCGUUUUCUGUCUCCGCGGACUGCAACACCACCUUCAGCUGCGGUUCUCUCCAGAACCUAUCUUAUCCCUUCACCGGCGGCAACCACCCCGAAUAUUGCGGCCCGCCGGAGUUCCGCCUCUCCUGCUCCGGCAGAGAGUCGCCGGAGAUCACCAUCAACUCGCUGAAGUACCGAGUCCUCCGAGUCGACCAGCUCCAACACACUCUGACCCUGGCACGAUCGGAUCUCUGGAACGAGACUUGCCCCAAAAAGUUCGUCAACACAUCUCUCGAUUCUCGCGUCUUCAGCUAUGGCGUCGGGAACACCAAUCUGACGAUGCUCUAUCGGUGCAACGUCUCGCUGUACAGCUUGACUCCGGAGAACCGGAUUUGGUGUGUGAAUUUCGGGAUUCCAUCGAACGAUUCGUACUUCUUGGUCGGUCCGAUUCCGUACGACCCGGCUCUGAGGGUAAUCCAGUGCAAUACAAGCAUUGGGGUACCGAUACUUGAGAGCAUCGCGUUUAAUCUUACGCAAAAUCGGUCUUUGCUUGGGGAGGCUCUGAUGUUGGGAUUCAACGUGAAUUACACAAUUCCGUUCUCUGAUCUUUGUUCCAAGUGCCUUGGUUCUGGUGGCCAAUGCGAAUUCGACUCCAAUUCGAGCAAACCCAUUUGCAUUUGUGGCGAUCAAGUUUGUUCGGUUUCAAGAGGUGGUAGCAGCCAAACUUCAAAAGUAGUAGGGAUUUCAAUAGCAGGUGCAUGCAUCCUUGGCAUUUUGAUAGGUGGUUCUGGUUAUUAUUUUUGCAUUCAAAAGAAGAAGAAACGUGCUGCUCUAAUUCAAACCAAAGGGCUUAUCACGCCCCCUUCAAGCAAGAGCAUGAUUACCUCCUCAACGAAUUUCUCACGAAGUACGCACUCUGGCUCUUAUACCUACUCUCAAUCCGACCUCGAAAAGUGCAGUACCUAUUUCGGAGCUCAGGUGUUCAGCUACACCGAACUAGAGGAAGGCACCGACAAUUUUGACCCUUCCAGACAACUUGGAGAGGGAGGCUUUGGGGUUGUUUACUAUGGCGUGCUCCGGGAUGGUCGUGUAGUAGCGGUGAAGCGCCUAUAUGAGACGAACUUCAAACGUGUAGAGCAGUUCAAGAAUGAAGUUGAGAUCCUCAGUCGUUUAGAGCACAAGAACCUUGUUAAGUUGUAUGGAUGCACGUCGAGACGUAGCAGAGAGCUCAUUCUAGUUUACGAAUUCAUUCCGAAUGGAACAGUAGCUGACCAUCUUCAUGGGAAACAAACCAACUCCAGUGUACUCAGAUGGCCUGUUCGAUUAAGCAUCGCCAUAGAGACAGCUGAUGCCUUAGCUUACCUCCACCGUUCCGACAUUAUACACCGCGACGUCAAGACCAACAAUAUUCUCCUAGACAAUCAAUUCCGAGUCAAAGUGGCCGAUUUUGGCCUCUCAAGAUUGUUCCCCAAUGAUGUCACCCAUGUCUCAACCGCCCCACAAGGUACUCCUGGCUAUGUUGAUCCCGAGUACUACCAGUCUUACCAGCUUACGGACAAGAGCGAUGUCUAUAGCUUUGGAGUGGUCUUGAUUGAACUUAUAUCUUCAUUACAAGCCGUGGACACCAACAGGCACAGACAUGAUAUCAAUUUAGCUAAUAUGGCCGUCACCAGGAUUCAAAAUCAUGCCGUGAAUGAGCUUGUUGAUCCUUGUCUUGGGUUCGAGAGUGACGACAACAUAAGGCGAACGACAACGGCCGUGGCGGAGUUGGCCUUCCGCUGCUUGCAGCAUGAGAGGGACAUGAGGCCUUCCAUGGAUGAGGUGUUGACUACUUUGAAAGCAAUUGGGAAUCAAGAGUUUGUCACACAGAAAGCAGAGGUUGUGGACAUUAGAUCAGAUGAUACUGCGCUUCUGAAGAACUUGCCUCCCCCACUUUCUCCAGAUUCUGUUGUGAAUGAUAAAUGGGUUAGCAGCUCUCCUACGCCCAGUUCCAAUUAGAACUCCCACUCAGAUUUCCAUACAUUUCACUCUUUCUUUUUCCGCUUUCCCUAUUGCAUUCACAUAGUAGAUAGUAAAGUUGUUGUAUACUAAAAUGUUGAAUGUCACUACGUUGGUCAAAGCUUCCAUUGAUUUCUUAGUUUUGUUCACUAUUUUGCUAAAACUUGGCAUGUAAAUUCAGAAAACUGAAUUUUUAGAAUAUUCUAAA